AGCCACAGCCCAUAACAGCAACACAUCACGGGGAGGGAGAGUGAGAGUACCAAAUCUAGGGCACUAUUAUCUGGCCCCUUUUUUUCCAAGCAGAGAAGCAGAGAUUUGUGACCAGCAGGUUGGAGCGAGGAGACGGUCUAGUGUCUGGUAACAGAAGGUACCCCGGUUGACAGGGAGAACCCUUAGUCUCAGCACACGUCACGGAGGCAACAGCGCGUUACCCAAGGGUGAGGGAACCCUCAGAGACAGCAACAAAAACACCAAACAUACCAACAGGCGCAGGGAGUACCUGAACACCUCGCAAGGUAAACAACAGCUGAGAAGCCAUGCUGGAGGACAAGAAGACCAAGGUGAAGAUCACGUUCUUCAUCAUCCUCGUGGGGAUCUCCUCCAUGUUUGUCGCCAUAGUGACGGACCACUGGGCAGUCCUGAGCGCUCGGCUGGAGCGGCUGAACUCCACCUGUGACACAGCCCACCUGGGGCUGUGGCGACUCUGCAAGAAGUCCAUCUUCAUCGCCGAGGAAGACCACCAGGGCACCGCCUGUGGGCCCCUGAGCCUGCCGGGAGCGGAGAACUGCUCUUACUUCAGACACUUCACAUCAAAGGAGGAGGCGGAAGUCUUUGAGGUAAAGACACAGAAAGAGUACAACAUCUCUGCUGCAUCGAUCGCCAUCUUCAGUCUGGCUUUCACCCUCCUGGGGACUCUGUGCCUCCUAGGUGCCUUUGGGAAGGGCAGAGACUACCUGUUGAGGCCGUCUGGCAUGUUCUAUGCCUUUGCAGGUCUCUGCAUCGUCAUCUCCGUGGAGGUGAUGCGCCAGUCGGUCAAGAGGAUGAUCACCAGCCAGGAGACCGUCUGGAUGGAGUAUUACUACUCAUGGUCCUUCGCGUGUGCCUGUUCAGCCUUCCUCCUCCUCUUCCUCAGCGGAAUCAGCUUACUGCUCGUCUCUAUGCCGCACAUGCCCCGCAACCCCUGGGAGACCUGCGUGGACGACGAACCCGAGCCCAUAGACUAGUCUCGCUGGGGGGAGACUCCGUGUAAUUGCUGUCUAAAGUUAAAGCUAAAGUUAAAGCUAAAGUUACCGCUCUCCUCAGUACCAAUACAUUUCCCCCCUCUGACCUGAAAAAAUGCAUUGGGAAUAACUAGUCUCAUUCACUCUGUCUUCUCAGAAGUUUAGAAACGCUUAAUUGUAUAUAUUUUUUAGUUUGUUAGCUUUUUAGGGUCAAGGGGGAGUCAGUCGGCAUGUGUGGGAAAUACUGGGGGUAUUGGUUUUAUCAGCUUGUCUUUAUGUGUUUUCUAAGCCACAAGUUAUUUAUAAUUACAUGUGGAAUUAAAGGAUCAGUGCAUUUGUUGCAAUGGCUUACUGUUAUGUCAACUACUGUGAGUAUAUAACAGUUUUCAAGUAUGCAUUCUAACCCUAAAAUGACUAAAGCAUUCAACACUAAGUGAACAUUUAACUAACUGGACAGAGAUAUCAACAAUGGAGUGGAAUAUUGCACAGAUGUUGCAAUUUGUAAACCACUACUAUGUUAAACACCAAUAAGUGUGAAGUGUGUUUGUGUAUGUCACAGCAGCGUAGGACUUAGUGUCCUGAGCCAACCAUCAUAAAUCCAUCGUGUAGCUAAUCCAUCCUGAUACUGUUCACUUCAGAGGUAUAGUGCAGAAGGCAUCCUGUAGCUAACUCCACAUAUAUCUGCCAUACAGAUGUUUAUCAUAAGUUACGCAAAAAGAUAAGAUGACAUUUCAUAACACUAGUGCCAAUAGUCAUUACACAAAAUGCAGUAUAGUCUUUUUUUAUUAAAACUAUCUUAUAGUAAACACAGUAAAAAUGGAGAAUCAUGUCGAACUUGUGUCAUGCGUCUUCCGUCUUUAAGUAUAUGCACUGCCCUAUGUGCUGCUGAGGAGAACAGAGGCUGUCAGACCCCCAGGCCUUCACACUGGCAACAGAUCGCUUUUGUUGUUUGGUGAUGGAGAGAGAACACACGUUUACCAUCUUAAUCCCCGUCUCAAAAAGGUCACAUGCUCACCCCUCUCAGUCUGAAAUGUACAAAUGGUUCUUGACUGAAAGCUUUUACUGUCAGUCAGCAGCAGUGGACAUUAGGAGGCCCAAACAGAUAGAUGCCUCUUCUUCCCAUUAGGGGAGGUUAAGAUGACGUACCAUGUGGUUGAAGAUUGAUUGGCCAACGGAAGGCACAGAAAUGCAGUCCUGUUUCUUGGCCACUGCGGUCUGAAGAGAAUGUGGAGCGUGAGAAUGGGAGUCGUAGCAUACUGGGAGAGUAUAGUUUGAACUGACCUGAAGUCAUGGAAGAAACUAAAUGAAGGUUUACAAAUGAUUAGUUCAAACAUUGUAUGCAUUUACUGGCCUGUCAUCAGUGAUUUACCUUUUCUAUCUAUUUGUCAGUCCUAGAAUAUAAAACAGCAUAUAUGCUACAGCUCACGAGAGACUCGUUUACUCAUGUAUUUUACCGAAAAUAUGAAAUAAAGUAUUAUUGCACCAAAUAAA